UAAAAGUAAAUUCCCCUAAGCUGACGAAUCAGGUGGCGGCGUGGGCGGGCCUGUCGAAGUUUGUGCGGCUGACAAAACAGUUGCGCUUCUCUCCUUCAUUCACUCGUCUUCUGCUGGUCUUGCUGCGAACAGAAAACCGAGCCACCAUGAAGGACGCAAACAAGCCAAAGGGCAAGAUGUCCUCCUAUGCUUUCUUCGUGGCCACCUGCCGUGAAGAGCACAAGAAGAAACACCCAGGAACCAGCGUGAACUUCGCAGAGUUCUCCAAGAAAUGCUCUGAAAGAUGGAAGACCAUGUCUUCCAAGGAGAAGUCAAAGUUUGAGGAACUGGCAAAGACCGACAAAGUCAGGUAUGACCGUGAGAUGAAAGACUACGUUCCACCAAAAGGAGCCAAGGGCAAGAAGAAGAAGGACCCCAAUGCCCCCAAAAGGCCACCGUCUGCCUUCUUCGUGUUCUGCUCAGACCACCGUCCCAAAAUCAAGGAGGAUAACCCUGGCAUCUCCAUUGGUGACAUUGCCAAGAAGCUGGGAGAGAUGUGGUCCACGCAGAGUGCCAAAGACAAGGCUCCAUACGAGGCCAAGGCUGCAAAACUCAAGGAGAAAUACGAGAAGGAAGUGGCUGCCUACAGAGCAAAGGGUGGUUCUGGACAAAGCAACACUGGUAAGAAAGGUGGUCCCGGGCGGCCCGCUCCCAAGAAGGUACAGCCAGAGGAAGAUGAGGAUGAUGACGAUGACGAGGAUGAGGACGAGGAUGAAGACGAGGAUGAGGAUGACGAAGAUUAAACUUUCUGUUUGAAUAUUUUUGAGACUCUUUGUUUCGCUUCAACUGUUUUUGUUUGUGUGGAUGAUUCCUGCACACUGCAAAAAUAUCUAUGCAAAGUUAAAAUUAUUUGAAUUUACAAUAUUAAGCUUAAUUUUUAAGUUUUGACCUUUUCGAUGCAUUUAGUUUAUUUUAAAGCUUAAUUUUUCUUUCAAGUAAUUUUGGUUAGGGUUGAAGAAUUGCACUUUUGUAAGCCAAUAAUUCUUACCUAGCCCAUACCUGAAGGAAAAUUAAUGCAUUCUAACUGGUCAAAGCAACUAAAAUUCAGUAUAAUCUGAAUUCAAAUCAUUUUAACUUGUGGAGAUGACAUUUUGUGGUGUAUUAUAGCCUGCUGUCCCUGUUGUCUGCCUCUGUAGGAAUCAGACUUGUAUGCUUUCUCAAAAUCAGGGAUUUAGUUUUUACACUUAGACUCCCCCUCAUAUAUUUUCAAAAAACUCAUUUGUCUCAUCUUUAGCUUCUUUAACACCUGUCUAAAAGGCGGGCGGAUGAAUUGCGGACUGAAAUUGUUCUUGGCAGUGGGCAGCAGUGAAUCAAAAAAUUUUAAUGUUUCUCGAAGCACUGCUUGAGUUCUUUGUUUAGUGGUGGUGCUGUUUUUCACUGUCAUUUUACUACCAGGAUUUAUCUGUAGUUUAUCUGAUUAAAAAUGUUUGCAGCCAUUUUUAAUGUGGAUCUUUUCAAGUAGAUUUUUUUUUGUAAUAAAAUUUUGUAUAUUGAUUUAUAAA